UCCACGUCGAGCUAGCUAAUCAAGCUGUCGAAAUACCUCAGAUUAAUAUAGCUAUACAUAAACAAAUAAAACUACUGACUAAGCACAUACUUCAUAUUCUGCUUCAACUAGUGUGAGAUGACAUAUGAUAGAGGUAACAGUUGGUCGACUCACUGACAGUCGAGCAGCAACUGUGGACAGGUGAUCCAAUUAACCUAAAUUUAGAAAAUUCCACUGUUGUCUUCAAAGAACGACGCCAUUGUGUCAUCUAACGCGGGUUUACUCGGAUGAUCCAACCAAAUGUUGUUCAAACUCACUUUAAUCCCACAAAAUCUGAAAGACAAGCUUGCUGAAGUUGAUCUGACGGUCUUGGCAUCAUAUGACAGGCCAGAAAGACUGCGGAAUGAUCGGCGCUCCUUGAAGGCCACAGUAGGAAGCAUAUCCUCCUCGUCCCUCAGCUCCAGCUUUGGCGUUUUUCCUGGACCUGGUAGCCUGAUUACAGGAUUCAUAUUCUCACAAGGGUUCAAAAGCAGAGAAGAGACUGCCCAAGGACUGCAUCUGAACGCUUUCAACAGCAAUUCACUGACUGAAGGAGGUCACUGAAUUAUCAUCUACACAGGUUCAACAAUCAUGGCACCAAUCGGCACAGAUGUGUUGGGCUGGGCGAUCUCAGAGCAACCAGAGGCUGCUUUUCUCUCCUUAAUCAUCCUCUUCAUCGCUAGCAUCGCUCUCCUCGCCCUCUGUGCAAACUGUAAAAAACAUUCAUUCGAGUUAGAGAGCAGCAGUGCACCAGAGCAGAAAUCAUCAACACUUGUGAGUGUGGCAAGAAAGGACGAUUCAACAGGAGCCAGACACAACCCUGCUGCUAAUGAAAUCACGGGUGAUGAAAUCGGUUUGGAGUCUGAGGAUGUAACAAUCUCUCAAGAAGGAAUCGUGUACAAACCCUGGAGAAGUCACACUCUCACUCACGGUUCAAACCCACCAACUCAAAUAAAUGGCAGUGUUGGGACAACGAAUGAGGGUUCAGUAACGCUUCACGCCAUUUGAGAAAGUAUAAUAAAAAUGGCGCCAAUGACGUAGACCUAACACCAGACUCUGUGGUGGAAACAAGCCUGUAGAGAGUUCCACCAUCUUUAUUAUGCAACCUGAAAUGCUUAUACUAAACAAAACCUCAAAUUAUUUGGAGAUACUUUCUGUGUUCUUCUGGAGCGAGGCUGAAAUCCUGCUUUGUGAUGUUGACUCCAUUAAAGUGUCCAUCAAACUUUAUAGGAAACAUUGUAUCCCCUUUCCCUCAGCAUUGACCGGACUGAUUCAAAGCUGAAUCCUUAUGCAACGGUUCAAACAGUGUCCCUCAGGGCAAGGAGCCUGAUCUUCUGGCCACACCUGUUCUGACAAAUAGGAGUCUCUUUGCGGGUGGUCACCAAUUAAAUGCGACAUAGGCAAGAAAAACAAGUCACAUUUCCAUCUGAAGAUAAGGUGGAAGUGUUGCCACCAUCAGUACCAGAGAGACCUGAAGAAAUGAAGAUUUUUCCUGUUUCGUUUUCUGCUGAAUUCCAGUAUUGUGAAACUAUUCUGUAUUCUUAGUAGGGGUGAUGUAUAGACUUUAUCUCUCAGAUCGACUGAUCUGGAUAUGUUUAACUUUAUGGAUUUAAAUGGCAGCACACUGGUGAAUAUUUUUAGGUUUUGAACAAAUGUACGAAUUCCAGUGGGCAUGCAUACAUCUGAUUAAAAACUUUGAAAAUGUAAUUAAAGUAACAGACUCUGUAGAAUUAUCCCUCCUGUUCUGGUGAGAUUGACCUUAUUCAGCAGAAAUAUUUGCUCUGUAGAAUUGGGCCUUAUUUUUCUUUUGAGGGCAUU